GGGAAGACAUGCCCUAUGUGUAAUCUAUUUCUAAUGUAUCUGGAUCCGUGGUGGCAAAUUCGGAUCUGUACAUACCACCGUACAUGGUAAAGACAGAGCAUCGUACACUUCGUUUUACUAUUUCUUAUGUGAAUUCGAGUCUGGAUUAUGGGCGUCCAGAGAAGAGUGUGGGGACACCGAGACAGCAAUUGGUGGAUUGAUUGGAGAUUGCGAGAUGGUGUAUAACGACGAGGAUCUUCUAUUUUAUUUCCUUCGGAUUCCUCCCGAGGGCGUGGGUUUGGUUCAAAGGUCUGUCGAAAUUGAUACCAAUACCUUUGAGAGGGCUGGCGCAGGAAUGGUUAAUGGAAGGUUCGCCGAGAAACUUGAUAUUCAUGCUAUCACCAUCAUCAAGUAUGAUAAUGAUAGAUUGAGCAGGUGCUGUGAGAGCCGGUUCCUAUACACCUCUCGUUGCCAACCCCUAUAUGUAACCCCACCUCGACUAUUCAUACACAAUCCCUACACUAGGUUUAAAUAUAAUUCACAUAAGGUCUACCCGAUUGCCGCAUCUAUGAAGAUGCAAGACGAAAGGAAAUAUUACCAUUAGAUAUUUUAGGGUUAUUAUCCUGAUAAUCCCAACCCUAAUUUCCCGGUUAUUUACCUAUAUUAAAUCACUCAAAGUCCCGAAAACAUGUAGGGCCUAAAAUAUACUUUCAGUACCCCUCUAAUGGCUUUUUUGAGAGUUUUCCUCUGAUUAUUUCGCACUCACUCUGUGAAGUAUCCUUUAUUU